AUGGCCUUCGGGUCACCAGUUCGAUGUUCGGAGACAAAAAUCUCACCCCGCAAUACACAUCCGCCUGUGCUGACGAGGCAGGAGCGCUCGUUUGAGGCCUUUGAUAAUUACGACGAAAGUCUUAGCCCGAGUGGUUCAAGUGCGCUGGCCCAAGGACUUGUCUACGAGGAUUCUUGUACCGUGGUGCUCCAGAAUGUACUUGGGUAUGAGAGCCUGUAUAAGGAGAUUAGAAUCAUCAAACAUCAGCUUGCCAACCCGGACCAGGCCAUGUUGAGCAUGUCAGAUGGACGCGAUCCACGAUUGGCCCUCACGCACCAGAUGCAACCCCAAUAA